GCGCACGGUUCUAGAGGAGAAAAAUGGCCGACAGAUCAAAAGUGGAUGCAGAGUAUGACUGCCCCGUGUGCUGGAAUCCUUACAACAAUACGUUUCGCACGCCCAAAUUGUUGGAGUGCCACCAUUCUUUCUGCAUGGAGUGCCUGGCACACCUGAGCACUGCUGGCCAAGUCAGGAACCAGCUCCACUGCCCACUGUGCCGACACACCACCACUCUGGGCAUCAACCAGCUGAUUACCGACCUUCCCACCAACACACAGAUUCUACGGCAAAUGAAGCUCCCAUUGCCAGGGCGACUUUCUUGGGCCCAGGACCCCAUAAGGCGGAGCCUUUUUGUGCGUCCACCCUCUGUUUACACACUCAAUGUAGGGGUGGAAUCGGACUCUUCAGCUGGUACCGAGCAAACCCAGGUCCAAACACCCCUUCCCACCAUACCUAGCGAGGGCACGUAUCGCCAAUGCUUACACAACCCACAGUUUCGCAUAUUUUUGUAUCUGAUGACGACGAUGCUUGUGGUCAGUCUGCUGCUCAUUUUUUCAAUUUUCUGGACUCGUAAGUUCCUUUGGGGCCCAGGGUGAAAUAUAAUCGAGCGGCUUUAAUAACGGCUGCAACCAUAACCACUAAAUACAAACAUCUACUACAAAAUAACCAAUCAAAUUACACCAGAAUGCCAAACUAUAUAACUAUUUUUUAAAAUCUAGAACUCUCUUUAUGGAAUACUGGUGCACCCUCCAAACAUAGAUGGGUUAACUUGCACAAUCUUCCCAUCAUGGCGGAAGAAGUAGAAUCUGUACAAGCACAGAGUAUAUAAACCGAUAUAGGUGGAUGUCGGGAACUGGUCGCAGUCACCGUUAAGCCCAGAAGAGAUCUCUUGGGAGGAAAUGAAGGACUCAAGUUGGGGCACUGGUUGAUAAUGUGACGGGUUUGUGUCUGUUCUCAACCUCAUUUAACAUCACACUGUUUAUGGAAGAAACUUGUCACGGUGUCCAUGGGACACCGAGAAUGUGUUUCUGGUUUAGCCCCUAAUGAUAGAACAUUUUAAAAGGUUUUCUGUCCACAGGUACAAGAUAAGGAGAAGAUCUUAGGUAGAGUCUCCUGCAAUGACUAAUACUUGGAGAUAGUUGGUGAAAGGCAAUGAAAAACGGACUACUUGUCAACUGUCAAAACACACCGACAACUUAAUUACAAACUCACAAAGGGAUGGAUUAGCUUGUGUUACAAGUUAUAACAUG